AUGGCUGAAGCCCUCGGGGUAGCUUCAAGCGUCAUCGCUGUCGUCGACUUGACAGCAAAGGUCGCAGGAGCCUCGAUCAAGCUCGUCAACCUAUGGAAAGAGAUCAAACAUGUCCCAGAUACGCUGCUUGAGAAGGCCGAGCGGCUCAGAGACUUUGAAGACUUUCUUCUGGAGACAGAGAGCCAGGCUGCCGAUAGUCCUAUGCCCCAACGAGCUUGGAACAGUGCUCUCUUGCAAAAGUAUAUCUCCAGAACCCGGACUGCGUUGAAGGACCUGCAGCAGAUGGUCGAUCAGCUGUACGCCCGGGUCACAGAUCCACGAAAGUUCAAGAGAAAUCUGGCGUCGACAAAGGCCGUUCUUCGAAAGGAGGACCUUUCUGCUUUGGACUCGAAGCUCAAUUUGGCGUUGGACCUUUUCAAGCUAGCUCGCGAGCAGUAUUUGACGCAUGUGAAUUCUUUCACCAAUCACUCUACUAGAAAGCUGACUGUCUUUACCAAGAUCACUGAUGUCAUACUCUGUGAUGCUUCAAUUACAGCAGUCGUCUGA